CAAAACAACUGCCAGCCUCCCCGCUCCAUCCGCUCUGCAAGGCCAUGAGUGACCAACAGUGUGGCCUCAGCAGCCUGACGCUGUCCCACGGCAAACUCUCCGAUGCUGUCUGCCGAGACCUCUCGGAGGCCCUGAAGGCAGCCCCUGCCCUGACGGAGCUGAGUCUCCAUCACAUCAGCCUCAGCGAGGCCGGCCUGCGGGUGCUGAGCCAGGGACUGGCCUGGCCCCAGUGCCGCCUACACAGGCUCAGUCUGGCCUCUGUGGAGCUGAGUGGGCAGUCUCUGCAAGAGCUGCGGGCUGUGAAGACAGCGAAGCCAGAUCUGGUCAUCAUCCACCCAGCACUGGACGCUGACGCCGAGCCCCUCCCGGAAUGCAGCAGUGCCCUCUAAAGCCUGGAGGCCAGAGCAGGUGGAGGACCCUGUGGCCAGUGUACCCAGCCGGGGAGGGAACAAUGCUUUCAGCCUCCAGCCAAUUCGUGUGAACCAAGAGGCCCUGGACGGCUCUGGACGUCACCGACCCCAACUCCUUGAGUUCUUCCCCAGGACCUAGGCUGCUCCUCCCACCUGCGUGCCCUGGGCCCCCCGGCUGCACCCCCAGACAUGCCCAGAAGCCCUGCUAAUCUCACACCUGGUGCGGGUCAGCAGAGUGUGCAGGCCCACAAGCCGGCCCUGUGGGCAGAGACUGGGCCCUCCUCACCUCUGCCUGUUGGGCUGGCUCUGGCCAUCCCUGAGGCUCUAUGGCCUGCCCUUGGGGCACCCACUGGCCAGGGGGGCAGUGGGGACAGAGCAGCAGCAACCCUGCGGCUUGGGAGGCAACCACGUGCACUGGAAAUAAAUUUUCCUCUGGGUUCA